UCUAUAUUUACUUACUUUCUAUGCUCAAACACUUAAUAUGUUAUUGUUUAAUUAUAGUGAAAUGCUGGUGAACAUAAAUGAUAUUUUCCUCACAAGAAAAGAGAUGAGAACAAUCUCUUACAAUCAUUGGAUAUCAAAUAUGGUGGUUGAAGUCUAUUGCCAAAUGCUCCAGCUGAAACAAAAGCGUAGAGGAACCAAAUUUUUCUUUCCGCCUUCGAUUGGGAUUGAACUUUCCAAGAUACCUUCAAAAGUGGUUGAUAGGAAAGGUAAAAUACAAGCAGUUUGGAACAAGUAUAAAAGGAUAAGGAAUGUCGAUGAUAACAAAGUUUGCCAAUUCAAUAUGCUUUUCUUUCCAAUACUUGUAAAUGAGAAACAUUGGUGCUUGUAUGUCUUUAACAUUUGCGAUAGUCGUAUGGAUGUGUUGGAUUCAAUGAAGCAAUGUUCGCAUGAUAAGCGUACUCCAGACAAGAUGUCAAAAGAUUUGGUAAUGUUGGUUGAGGUAUUCACCGGAAGAGAUCUACAAAACUUCAUAUACAAUGUGCCCAACGUACCUCAACAGCCCGAUAGGUAAUUUUAUCACUUAAUGUUCCUAGUUUGGUGUACUGAUUAUGUUCACAAUUAUAAUUAACAGAUACCUAAACAGUCUUUUAUUCAGUGAUAGUUGUGAUGCUUUCAUGUUGGACUUCAUGGAGAAAUGGGAUGGUUCACUCAGUCACCCAAAAGAGAAGGUGGAUGUUGAUAGAUUACGUGCAAUUAUUGCUUCAAAUUUGCUUUCAGAUGACAAUAACAAAAUGAAGGAUUUUGUAAAGAACAAAGCACUUUAUCCAUUUGGUCAAGCAUGUUGAUUUCAAGUAAGCUUCCAUCAGCUUACUUGUGGUUAGUAAUUUUUUUUAUUUUUUUUUAUUUUUAUGAUUCUAACAUCACCUCCAUCAGCCAACAAGGUACCAUUUACCUCAAGGAACCUCACAUACCAGUAUUUGCCCAGUUGGAAGCUAGAGGAAGUGGGAUAGGACGAUCGUUGAAUUUUCUAAAAAGUGGUACCUGAAAUGAUGUGGGAUAUGGGACAUUUGUAUUGUUGAAUAGUGUCAUUUUUUUUUUCAUGUAUUUUGCACUCUGUUGGUGUUAGCUAUUUUUAAAGUUUUAAAGAAUAGUAGCUUUGCAACUUUUGAUUGUGGAUUAGGUUGGUAUAUUUUUGCAACUAUUGUAUGGCUUAUUAUAUUGGCAUCUACCUUACAUGAAAUCAAAUGAAGUUGCUCUUUUGGGUUC